AUGGUGAAGGAGACGGAAUACUACGAUGUUUUGGGCGUGAGCCCCACGGCCACCGAGACCGACAUCAAAAAAGCUUAUUAUGUCAAGGCUAGACAGGUUCAUCCAGAUAAAAACCCAAACGAUCCUUUGGCAGCACAAAAUUUUCAGAUUUUAGGUGAGGCUUACCAAGUGCUGAGUGAUCCAUCCCAAAGGCAAGCUUAUGAUGCCCAUGGGAAGUCGGGAAUUUCAACGGAAGCAAUUAUUGAUCCUGCAGCAAUUUUUGCAAUGCUCUUUGGAAGUGAACUUUUUGAGGAAUACAUUGGCCAGCUUGCCAUGGCAUCAAUGGCUUCUUUGGAUAUUUUUACAGAAGGAGAAGAGUUUGAUACUAAAAAGUUGCAAGAGAAAAUGAGGACUGUUCAAAAGGAAAGGGAAGAGAAGCUUGCUACUAUACUUAAAGAUCGGUUAAACCUGUAUGUCCAAGGGCAUAAAGACGAAUUUAUUCGUAAUGCCGAAGCCGAAGUAUCGAAGCUCUCCAGUGCUGCUUAUGGUGUUGAUAUGCUGAAUACCAUUGGCUAUAUAUAUGCAAGGCGGGCAGCAAAAGAGCUUGGAAAGAAGGUGAUGUAUCUGGGGGUGCCAUUUGUUGCUGAGUGGUUCAGGAACAAAGGACACUCUAUCAAAUCCCAAGUAACUGCUGCAACAGGUGCUAUCGCUUUGAUCCAGCUACAAGAAGACAUGAAGCGACACCUUAGUGAAGAAGGAAACUAUACUGAGGACGAACUCGAAAAAUACAUGGAAUCAAACAAGAAGUUGAUGACCGAUUCCCUCUGGAAGCUUAAUGUGGCUGAUAUUGAAGCUACGCUGUCCCGUGUUUGUGAGAUGGUUCUCCACGAAAACAAUGUGAAGAGAGAGGAUCUUCGUCUGCGAGCGAAGGGUUUAAAAACCCUGGGCAAAAUUUUCCAGAGGGCGAAGUCAGUCAAUGGGAAUGAGACUGAAAGUACACUAAAUGACCCGGUCCACAAAUUGAAUGGAAGUGAACCAAGUAGCAAUGCUUCUUCUUUUAAUACGUCAGCAAGAUCACCAAUAGAUGAAGAGGUAUCUCACAACGCAGUAGCAUACCAGUGCCCAUACGUGGAGGUUCCACAAUCUACUGGAGUUCAAUUCAAUUUCCCAGUGCCAGCUGCGCCGCUUGGUGCUCAGAGACUCGGGGUUGCUCGAUGCUGUAGCCAGUGGCGCAACCGCAUUGAGGCGCUGCAGUCGGCAUUGCUCGAUGCUGCAGCGUCUCUUUCCUCCGAGGUCUGCCGCUUCCAAUUUCUUCAUUUCCCAUUCGUCUUCAACGUUCGAUUAUCUCUUCAUCUCCCAAUUUCUUCAUCACCGAGGUUUGCCACUUCCAAUUUCUUCAUCUCCGAGGUCUGA